AGAGAGACUACUGUUUUAGUAUUGGAGCGUGGUUUUCUCCUCCUCACGAAUGCGAUCCAAAACUCCUCGCUAACCCACCCAUCCCUCCUCCGGUCUCGACCGCCAUGGCCGCCGGGCGGGCCUUCCUCUGCGCCCCCUGCUCCUCCCUCGCCGCUGGCGCCCGCCGUCUCGCCUUCGCCCCUCCGUCCCGGGCCCUCGCCCCCGCGCUCCGCCGCGGCGGCCGCUGCGUUGCCUCCGUCUCCUCGUCCCCCAACGCGGCCUCCGCGCCGGAGCCCUACGUGCUCACCACGCCGCUCUACUACGUCAACGCCCCGCCUCACAUGGGCAGCGCCUACACCACCAUCGCCGCCGACGCCAUCGCCCGCUUCCAGAGGUUGCUAGAGAAGCAGGUUAUAUUUAUUACUGGAACAGAUGAACAUGGUGAGAAAAUUGCCACUUCAGCAGAGGCUAGUGGCAGAAUCCCAAAGGAGCAUUGUGAUACAAUUUCAAAUUCAUAUAAGAUGCUCUGGGCUGAUCUAGACAUAGAGUACGACAAGUUCAUUCGCACUACCGAUCGUAAGCAUGAGGCUGUUGUUAACGACUUCUAUUCUAGAGUAUUAAACAGUGGUGACAUAUAUAGAGCUGAUUAUGAAGGACUUUACUGUGUGAGCUGUGAGGAGUACAAGGAUGAAAAAGAGCUAGUGGAAAACAAUUGUUGUCCUGUCCAUCUAAAGCCUUGUGUGCCAAGAAAAGAAGAUAACUAUUUCUUUGCCUUGUCAAAAUACCAGCAUAAGUUGGAAGAGCUACUGACAAGAAAUCCUGAUUUUGUAAGGCCAUCACAUCGCUUGAAUGAGGUCCAAGGCUGGAUUAAAAGUGGAUUAAGAGACUUUUCUAUUUCCCGUGCAUCUGUAGAGUGGGGCAUUCCGGUGCCUAAUGACACCAAACAGACAAUAUAUGUCUGGUUUGAUGCUCUAUUAGGGUAUAUCUCAGCAUUACUAGAUGAUGGUGAGCAGGCAAGUUUGCAGCAAGCUGUUGAUCGUGGCUGGCCCGCAUCCCUGCACCUGAUAGGAAAGGACAUAUUGCGGUUUCAUGCAGUUUAUUGGCCAGCCAUGUUAAUGUCAGCAGGGAUGAGUGUUCCUGAUGCAGUUUUUGGUCAUGGAUUCUUGACAAAGGAUGGCAUGAAGAUGGGAAAGUCAUUAGGCAACACACUUGAACCAAAUGAUCUGGUAGAAAGAUUUGGUGCUGAUGCUGUUAGGUACUUCUUCUUGCGGGAAGUAGAAUUCGGCAAUGAUGGGGACUAUUCAGAAGAACGCUUUAUCAAUAUAGUCAAUGCUCAUCUUGCUAACACAAUCGGAAACCUCCUUAAUCGUACACUUGGGCUACUAAAAAAGAAUUGUAGAUCCACGCUAGCGUUUGAUGCAAUUGCUGCUGCGGAUGGAGGUUCGUUCAGAGAUAAUGUAGAAAAUCUGGUGAACAAGGCAAAGCAUCAUUAUGAAAAUCUUUUGCUGUCAUCAGCAUGUGAAACUAUUUUAGAGAUUGGUAACUUUGGAAACUUGUACAUUGAUGAGCAAGCACCAUGGUCUUGUUUCAAGCAAGGGGGUGAAAGUGCUGAAAAAGCUGCAAAGGAUCUUGUGAUUAUUUUAGAGACGAUGAGAAUAAUUGCGAUUGCACUAUCUCCUAUCACUCCAAGCCUUUCUCUGAGGAUUCAUACACAGCUUGGUUUCACAAAAGACCAAUUUAGGGUAUUGAGAUGGGAGGAUACGAAAUGGGGAGGCCUUAAAGCAGGUCAGGUAAUGAUGGAGCCAAAGCCAGUCUUUGCAAGGAUAGAAACUGAGACGGAAGAUGAAGCUCAAGCAAGUUCAAAGGCAACAAAACGCGGGAAGAAAGCAUGCAGUAAAGGACUUGUAGAGGCAUAGUCAAGUUUCUGAUGGAAUAGCCUAUCUGGUUUUGGAAUUUGUUCUUUGCAAACAUAUCACAUAUUUAUGGUGUCGAUAACGGAAAACCACCAACGAUCCUGAAGCUCUGUGGCAAAGACAUGGACAUUUGUGAGAGAACUGCUGCAUUUUUCUCCCAGGCUUUCCAAUUCAAGUUAAUACAUUGAGAUUGCUAGCCUGGUAACCCGGACCCCUUCUUUGUUGCAAGUCAGUUUUCUUUCACAUUUUGGGUGCAAAGAAGUGCAAACUUGCGAGUUAAUAAUAGUUGAAUUCGAAUGUAAUUUAUAAAUUUUUUCAUAGGGAAUAUGUAUGUAUGGAAGAGAAUCCCUUUGGGGCAGAUAAAUCAUUUCUAUGCAAGUUUGCAAAGA